CCAUUCGAAAUUUUUAUCGUAGGAAGUAAAAAAAUCCGGUGGACAGCCGCCUUCUGUAGCAGACAUUGAGAUCUCAAGUCCCAUUCAAAUCAUAACCACCAACCAAAACUUUCGAUUCUCAAUCCUCCUUCGACCUCACCCCUUUUCGAAUCACCUUUGAACCCUUUUAUCAACAAACAAUACCGCCAAAAUGCCCAAGUCGAAGCGCGCAAAGGUCGUCCACCUCACACAGGUCUCCAAGAAGACGCGCGAGAACAAGGACAAGCUUUUCCAGAAUAUCCGCGAUACUGUCCCCGAGUACCAGAACUGCUUUGUCUUCAGCGUCGAUAACAUGCGAAACAACCACCUCAAGGACGUUCGACGUGAGCUGUCCGAUUGCCGUCUCUUCUUCGGAAAGACAAAGCUCAUGGCAAAGGCUCUUGGCCAGACACCUGAGGAGGCCAUCGCCCCUGGAAUUGAGGACCUCAGCCGUUAUUUGACUGGUACCGUCGGCUUGAUCUUGACCAACCGCCCUGUCGAAGAAAUCCUCUCUUACUUUGAGAACCUCGCUCCUGUCGACUUUGCCCGCGCCGGCGCUGUGGCCACCCGCGAUUUCUCUAUUCCUACCGGUGUUGUCUAUGCUACCGCUGGUGAGGUUCCCGCUGAGCACGAUGUUCCUCUUGAGCACACCAUCGAGCCUGAGCUACGACGUCUUGGUGUCCCUACCCGUAUGGUCAAGGGCCGUGUCGUUCUCGGUGAUGAGGCUGGUCAGGGCGAGGAGUAUGUUGUUUGCAAGGAGGGUGAUGUUUUGGAUUCACGACAGACAAGAUUGCUUAAGCUUUUCGACGUGUGCUUGAGCGAGUUCAAGGUCAAGGUAUUAGCAUACUGGAACGCUGCUAGCUCUGAGGUGACAAAGGUUAACCCCAACGCUAUGGACGAGAAUUAGAUGAGCCUAGGAUAAGGCAUAGAAAACGGUGCUAGACGUUGGGUUUAACAUCUUCUGUUUGAAUGACUGAUACCAGCAUGAAAUUUUUAUGGGAUCUCGGCGUUGAGGGCCAUGGGAUAUGGAAGGGCAUCAUGUUUUACCAAUAGGCCCGCCCGAAUGACAAUACGUACUUCACAACAUUCACAAAAUUCGGUUCUUUUCUUAACUGUUAUUGAACAUGAAAACUCCUAAGUGAUACAUCAGAGUCGGCCUUCUUAGCCAGCCUAGGCAACAUCUCAAGGGUCAGUACGGAGUAGGUCACCGAGUCUUACCCUUAUGCAGCAUAAAAUGGCCAAUUCACCAUCGAACUAUCCUCCAGAUUUUACCCCGACUCCCAGAAAAGCAAAUAGAAUACAUAGAAAGGUUACCUGACAUGUUGCGUAAACCUGAGUCCAUAUGGAUGUACCGGAGGAAUAUACCUCAAACUGAGUUGACUGUAAUGUCGUCUGGUUAGAUGAUGACAGCGAAAAGUAAAAUCCCACGAACGUUAUCGGGCAGAAGCGUAUAGUAUAAUCCGGAAUCCUCGAGAUUCGUGGUUGGGCGAUAAUGGUGUGCUUACCCUUUGGUGGAAAAGGGGUCUGAAUUAAUGACUAGAAGAAGAUCGGCAGCCCACCACACAAGGUCAUGGAGUAUCACCCCAUUAAUAACGGCGAAGCUUUCGAGGAUCCUCAUAGCCGCCGUCAUAGCCACGCUUUCGGCCACCAUCGUCAUCACGGGGUCUGUCGUAGUCUCGGUCCCGUUCGCGAUACCCACCUUCUCGUCGGCCUCCAAUGGGUUCCAUGUUGCUUCCGGUGCGUCGGUUCUCGCGUUCUCCGCCGUAUCGGCCACCGUCACGAUGGCCGCCGCCGUGUCUGUCGUCAAAUGAGCGACCGCCGCUACGAGAAUCAUACCCACCGGGGCCUCGGUCACCACCCCUUCGGUCGCCACGGUCCCGGUCACCAUAGCCGCCGCCGCCGUUUCUGCGGUCGAAUCCGGGGCCGGACGGGGCAUCACUAGGUGCGCCGUAGCCGCCUCGGUCGCCUCCCCUGUCGCCUCCUCGGUCGCCGCUUCGGAAACCUCCUCCACGGCCGCCGAAUCCUCCUCUAAAACCGCCACGGCCGCGUCCUCCGUCGAAACCUUUAAAACCACCACGGAAACCGCCGCCGCCGCUAAAGCCACCGGGACCCAUGGGACGAGCAGCCAUAGCUCUAGUAUAGCCUCGUCCUCCGAGGCCACCACCAAGUCGGCGAGGUUUCCAGCCCUUGACAGUUCUGCCGCGUUCGACGUCUACCUUGAUACGUCGAUCCUUGAUGCGCAUGCCGUCACAAGCAUCCAAAGCCGCUGCUCAUGGUUGCGCCGAAUGGCGCAGGUGUCAGUCAAUCUUACCCUAAAUAGUACCUUGUGUGCUGACGGAUUUGACAAAAGAAAAGGAAGAAGCAGAGACGAGCAAGCUUGAGGGCCCUUUGGUGUCUCGCAUAUACUCCGUGAGAAGGGCAAGCUUGAGGGCCACAACUCAAAAGGUACAUCCAGGGAAGAAUACAAAUGGCUAGUCAGACGGGGAAGGGUUCAUAUUUACCU